GGUGGGGGAGCAGGGAGGAGGGAGAAACUUAGCUAUUAGUGUGGCAGGGUCAUGAAGAAGAGGCGGCGGUGGGAGAGAGGAGGCGGCGGCGGGGGCCUGAAACUGCGGUAGCUGCCCGCUGGGCUGGUGGUGCGGCCUUGUGGGGAGGGAAGUCGUUCCUAGCCCCUUCGGGCUGGGGUCGGGGCUCGGGGCUGAGAGCGGCCGUGGGGCCGCCUCCCCGGGCCCCCUGGCUCCGCCAUGAUCCGCAGGGCACGCCUUAGUGUGAAGCCGAAUGUCAGGCCGGGUGGAGGUGCCAGGGGCUCCAGCGCCCCUGUGCCUCAGCGUGGACAGGAGUCUCCCAGGCCGCCGGAGCCUGCAGCGCCCUCUGCCCCGAAGCCAGCGGAGCCCACGGAUGUGCCUGCGGUGGAUUCUGGGGGAGCGGAGCCCCCAGAAAAGGCUCCCAAGAGCAGUGAUGAAAAGACUGGUGGUGGUAAUGGUGUUGAAGAAUCCAGUAAAUCUCCCUCUACUGUUUCACAGAGAAGAAAGCGAGUGUCAAGUACUUCUAGUCUGGCUAAACCCAGUGUCAGUGUUCCUUCAGAAUCUCCUCCCAUAGCCACAGCUGUUCAGGAUGCUCCACAGCCGAACCCCGUUCCAACGAAAGAGAAACAGCCGUGCUCAGACAGAUACCGAAUAUACAAAGCCCAGAAACUGAGGGAAAUGUUGAAAGAAGAGUUGAGAAAAGAGAAGAAACAGUGGAAAAACAAAUAUGCCCUAAAUGAAAGUCAGAGACCACUAGAUCGUUCAAAAAUGACUAUGAGAGACUUCAUAUAUUACCUACCAGAUAACAAUCCAAUGACUUCUUCAUUGGAACAAGAAAGGAAAACUGAAAAAUUACUGCCAUCAGUCCAAACAAAAGAGCCAGAGAGUAAGAAUACUCCUGAUGCUGAAGGUAACGAAGAACUGGAAGAAGAGACAGAUGAUGGGCCGUUGCUGGUCCCACGAGUGAAAGUGGCAGAAGAUGGUUCUAUCAUUUUGGAUGAAGAAAGUUUGACUGUAGAAGUUUUAAGGACAAAAGGCCCCUGUGUCGUUGAGGAAAAUGACCCUAUAUUUGAACGUGGUUCUACAACUACAUAUUCCAGCUUUAGGAAAAACUAUUACUCUAAACCAUGGUCAAAUAAAGAAACGGAUAUGUUUUUUUUAGCCAUCAGCAUGGUAGGAACUGACUUUUCUAUGAUUGGACAGCUUUUUCCCCACAGAGCAAGAAUAGAAAUUAAGAAUAAAUUUAAACGUGAAGAGAAAACAAAUGGAUGGAGAAUAGAUAAAGCCUUCCAGGAAAAGCGCCCUUUUGACUUCGAUUUUUUUGCUCAUUUGCUUCAGAAAGUUCUUGCUGAAGAAGAGAAAAGAAAACAAAAAUCCGUUAAAAACAACAGUUUAAAGGAAAAGAAAGCUUCCAAACCACGGAAAAAUGUAAAAGUGAAAAAAGUUGCCAAUGAAGGAGUGAUUGAUGAACCAGAGGAGGAACCAGAGGAGUCAAUGAGUACUUCAGUUUUAGACAAAGAAGCAUCUCAAGAGGAUGCUCAGACAGUGGAAGAAGAGUCUUUGGUCUCAGAACAGAGUUCAGAACAGGUUGCAUUAGAACAAGGCCUAAAUAAAAAAAAAAGGAGAAGGAAGAAUCAGGAUGAAACUAAUAAACAAGAAGUAAAAAAUCUCUCAGGAAAUGUGACUGAUCAAUCAGGUUCUUCUAGAGGGGAAAAACACAAGAGUGGGUGCCAGUCUCUCCGGCCUGCGCUUAGUGAAGGUGAAUGCAGUGAGCAGCAGGACGUCUCCUGUGUGCAGGACGUAGAUGGCAGCAUGCACUCAGCCUCUGGCCAGAAAGCUGAGAGAAGAAUUGACCCCAUCCUUCCAUCAAGUAAUCACCAAGAUGUGGAGUCAAGAACAACUGAGUCUACAGAAUCAAGCACCUCAGACUUGCCUUCAGAAGUUGAAGUUUCAGCAACGUGUGAGCUAAAUAAUGCUGAAAGUCCUUGUAUAGAAGAAAGGAAUGCUGACCUAAAGAGUAAAUCACUGGAAACUGAGCAAACAGAAAAUGUUAAACCAGUGUUGAGAGGUCGACUUCAGAGACCUAAACCCAAUUUAUCAAGGGCAGUUGGGAAGAAAUCUGUUCUUUCACAAGGCAAAGCAGACACUGAGAACAAGAAUUCACUUCCUGAAACUGUUGAAAAGAAUCACAUGGAAAAGGAUACAAUGAAAACAUCUGACAUUUUGGGAAUGGAGAAUACACAGAAAGAGAACUCAGAAGCUGACCCUGUCUCAAAUUUGAAUGAGAAAGAUUGUCUUCAGGAAACUAAUUCACCGAAGUCUUUGAAACCUGCACGACUAAUGAGGGGCCGAUUGCAAAGACCAAAGCCAAAUGUUGGUAAUGUUGCUGAAAGAAAAAUUCUUGCAUCACAGGAAAAAAUAGGGGCCAAUGCAGAAGAGAAUCAAACUGAAUCAUGUGUUGAUAGGGACGUUUCUCAACAAAUGGAAGAUCAGUCAUGUAAAAAUUUAGAGUGUGAAGAUACUACAUCCCAGCCUGAGAAAAAGGAUAUUUCUCUUCAGAGUGCGCAGCCAGAUGAACCCCAAGCUCUUAAUGAAUGUCUCAGCAUUCAAGAGAAAAAUAAAGCCAAUAUACACAAACAAAUUCCAAGUUUAAGGACUAGAUUUCAGAAACCAAAGCCAAAUAUAGGAAGAGGAACUGGAAGGAGAGAAAUUUGUUCAAAGGAAGAGGUACCUGGGGAAAUUCUUGUCUCUGGAGAAUUGACAGCAGCUUUGGGAGAAACUGUAAGACUAGACACCCUGCCAAGGGAGAAUGUACCAGUGGAGACCACUACUACCAAAGAACUGGAGUCAGAUUCAAAAGAAACUGGAAGAAACAUCUCUCCCAGGGAGAAGGUAUCAGAAACGGGUGAUGUCACUGUAGAAAUGGAAACAUAUUCCAAAGCAGCUGGAAGAGAGGCUUCCCUGAUGGAGGGGGUGUCAGAGGUGAAUGAUGCCACCAAGCAAAUAGACACAGUGUUGGAAGAAACUGAAAGAAGAGAGGUACCCCCACUGGGGAGCAUCCCAGAGGAGAUCAAGUCUGCAGGUGAAACGGAGGUAGAUUUGAAAGAAAUUGAGAGAGAAAUGCCCCCAAGGGAGAUGAUACCAGAGAUGGUUGAUGUCAUUGAAGAAAGGGAGGAAGUUUUGGAAGGAACUGAAAGAAGAGAAAUAUCUUCACUGGUGAAGGCCUCAGAAGAGGUCAGAACUAUAGGUAACAUGGAAACAGAGCUGAAAGGAAUUGUAGAAGUUUCUCAAAGGGAAAAUGUACCAGUGGAGAUCAGUGCCACAGAAGAGAGGGAGGAUAAUGUGAAAGAAACUGGAAAAAAAGACAUUUCCCUGUUGGAAGAAGUACCAAGAGAAGUAGCUGCCACUGAGGAAGCAGAGGAGAAUUUGGAAGAAACUGUAGAAGGAAUUUCCUUGAAGGAGCGUGGAUCUGAAAGCAUCCUUAUUGAGGAAUCGGGGGCAGAUUUGGAAAAAAAUGGAAAAGUAGCUGUUUCUCCAAGGCAAAAUAAGCCAGAGGAGACAUCCCGCCAGACUGAGACAGAUUUAAUGCAGAGCAAUAGUGGUGACUGCAGCAGCACUGUGCCUCCACCAGAUAUCAAAAACACUAGCAGUGAAACCCUGUCAGUGCUGUAUACGGCACCUGUGGAAGAAAACAGGCACUCUGAGAAAGAAGAGUUGAGUCCCUUAAAUGACUUGGAGGCCUGUUCACAGACUUCUGCUGAAGUCAGUGAAAAAGAAGACCAGAGGAUGCAACUGCCAGAUGCUGCAGAGCCUUUUUCAGAUACCAAUUUAAGCAUAUCUCUUCCUCAAGAACAGAAGCCACAAGAAGUUAAACCUGCAACUUUUGUGAGAAGUCGAUUUAAAAGACCGAAACCAAAUUUAGCAAGAGCAGCUUUAAAGAGAGAGACUAUAGAAGCAGGAAAAUAUGCACCUGGAAAGAAAUCAGAAACUGAUAAAAUGGAGACUGUUGUAGUACAACAGGGCAGUGAACAAGCUAAUACUCUCCCUUCCCAACAAGCUGUGGCUUCCCUUAUGCCAUCAAGAGGAAAAGAAGAAUCAGAUGGAAAAGAAAAGGAGGACACUGUGAUGCUGCCGUGUACACAAACUGAAAAGGACCUGUUACCUUCAGGUUCUUAUGAACCUGAAGAGAAGUCUCAGUCAGCAGAAACCCAAGAAGAUGAUGUGGCUCUUUCCAGUGGAACUCAGAAUAAAAAUGCCUUUCAACAAGAAAUGAAGGAAAGUGUUAUCCAAACUGUUCAACCAAUAAGGGGCCGACUUCAGAGACCCAGACCAAAUUUAAGAAAGGCUGGACAAAGACAAAUAGAAAAAAGUGAAGCCAAAAGUGUAAAUCAGGAAGAAAGAGCAGUACUACAAAAUGAUGAAGCUAAUGAGAAAUCCCUUACUGUGCAAAAUUCACAAAUUGGAACUGAAAUCGAAGUUGUGUCCUCCAAAGUUUCAGAAUGCAGAAUUUAUGAAAAUGAAAGUCACGAUGUGGUUCUUGUAGAAAACGUUCAUGUUAACAAAAUAAAUGUUUUAGAUGAAAAGAUGAGACAUGAAAAUAAGCCAUAUGUUCCUAGUCCUGCACAAUUGAUAAGAGGGAAAUUCCAAAAGGCUAAGCCAAAUUUGGGAACAGCACAUGGUAAGAAAGAGGAACCAGAUAUAGAAAAAGGCACAGCAGAUCAGAGCGAGGCAAGCAAACCAGAAGAUAAUAUACUGCAGCCUGGAGAUUCUGACACUCAGCUCCUUCUAAAAGAAAAAGCUGAGUUUCUGACGUCUCUGGAGGUUUCACCAAGAAAAGAUGGUGUAGGUGCUGAGGAGUCUGGUUUGGCUGAAAAAGAUGCUCAGUUAGAAGAAGUUGGACCAUCAGGAAAUGUCGAAGAGGAAACUGUAGGCGAUGAAUCUCAGUCUCCCAUUGUUGAGAAUCAGUAUCUCAGUAAACCAAGCUAUCCACAGCUGUUAAAAGAAUCAAGUUACUCUAAAAUUGCUUCAGAUCAAAUACCAGCUAUCUCUUCUGCCUCUGAAUGUAAGAUGGGUCAUAAUAAAAGGAGAAUGCGUAGGAAAAUCAAGCCAAAUGUCACCAAGGGACGUGGAUCAAAACGAAUUCGGGGUAGGACCUCUAAGAAGGAACCUAGAGCAUCCAGGGCCACACUGGUGACUCUUCGGGCUUCCCAGGAAGAAGAGGAGGAUGAUGCUGAAGAUUUUGAUUCUUAUUUUGAGGAAGAGACCUAUCAUCUUGCCCCAGAAGAAGUAAACAAAGCUCCAGUGUUUGUGCCUGUUGGUCUCAGGUCUCCUGAACCUGUUUCUGCUCAGAUUGAGGAAACAAUGGAAGAGCUUGAGAUUACUGUGAAUGUUCCAGACAUAGAAUGCAUAGCAGUUGUUGAAGAUCAGCUCUCAAACACAGAUGUGACUGCUCAGGAAACGAAACAAGAAGAAAAUUUGAAUGCAUCAUCAUUUGAAAUGACCACCAGUGUACAUACCCAAGAUGAACCAGGUACCAACGAUGGAAGUGCUGAAGCAGCCAUAGCUUUACUUACAAUGGGGGACUUAGUAUUGCAGUCAGAGGUCAAUACUGAACAGGAUGAUGUAGGUGUAUGUGUACUUACUGAUGUUGAUUCAAAGAGUGAAAGCCAUGUUCCUUUCAGCCCAGAUAAUGUACAUUUCAAAAUCGUUCAUGAAUGUCAGGAGCUUUCUUCACCUGUCAUCAAUACAACUCCUGAAUCAUUUGAAGAAAACAAGAUUGAAUUGGAGGAACAAAGCACUAGAGAAGAAAUUGGUUUAGUGGAAAAAGUAAAGGAGAAUACAACACCAGCCAGCAAUACAUCAUCUAAAGUCACCAGUAAUUUGAGAAUGAGAAGAAGAUUUGUCAAACCUAAACCCAAUCUUGGGAAAGUUUUACGGACCAGCAGAUUUCAUGUUCUUGAGGAAGUUCCCAGUUUGUGUGUCACCCAGGAGGAAAAAGCAGAGAUUCCAAGACAAACAGAGGAAAAUGCUCCCAGAGCAACAGAAGUGGAAGAUAAAGGCUUUGGACCAGUUACAGGAGCAGAGAAUGAGGAGCAGGGCAGAUUGGAGUGCAUACAUGGUACCAAUGAGACGAGUAUUUCACAAGAAGCAAGCUUAACUCAAAGAGAUGAAGAGGAAGAGGAGGGCUCGGAAACCGUGCUGAUGCCGUCAGUUGCUCCGCUUGUUCCCCCCGAGCCAGUGGCCUGCACACUCGCUCUCGGUGAGAGCUCUGUUGACGAGCCCCUGAGACAGGAGUCUGAGGGAGGCAGUGUGCUCGCCCUUCACGUGCCGCAGUGUAUACCAACUAGUAUUCCAGAAGUCCAACAAGAGAAUGUAAUCAAUCCUCAGGAUUUAACAGUCAUCCACGAAGAAGGAGAAGACGAACAAGCAUUCAUUCUAACUCUGGUGGAAAUCCCAACUAACACAGCUGAAGAAUUUACUGACGCCACUGCCCAAUUAAUGCCUGCCCCUUUGUUGCCAGCACCCAUAUUGGUGAAGUCAGUGAACACUGAAGAAAAAGGUGAUAAGAGUGUAAAUUUACCAGUAACAUCAUUUAUUAAAGAUGACAUGUAUUUAUCAGAUUUUGGAAGAAAUGAUUCUAAAAAGCCUCCUGCUAAUUUGGAUCUUAUAUCUAGGAAAAGAUUUCAUUGCAGCCUUGAUGAGAGUGACCAGGUUCCUCCUGCCAAAAAGAGUUCACUCGCGUCAGGAGAUGAUUGUCAAGAAUACACCUCUGAGGUAUGUUCAAAGGAAUUAAUAAAUGUUUUUGAGGAAGCAGGGAAGUCUUACAAGGGUCAAGAUAUUUCUCCUACCAUAGGAAGCACGUUGAGUCCAGAACCUCAAAAGGAACACCGUGAAUCAACUCUGCAAAGUAUAGGAUCUAGAACUGUUGAUAACAUUGGCCAUACACUUGGAGAGAAAAGUGUGCCUCAGUUACCUCAGGUUGAGACAACAGUGUCUGAUAAGGAAGGAAGGACUGAUGCUGCUUGUACGUCUCAGCAGAUGGAGAGCAGGGCACCUGCCACAAAGCCGCCACUGUCCAGACCUGGCAGAAGACCCUUGGGAUUUUUAUCUUUAAUAUGUUCAAAAAAUAGUCUGGAGUCUGAUGAACCCACUCAGGUCCAUAGAAAGAAGCGCCUAAAACCUCUUAUACCUGUAUCAAGACAGAAUUUGAAAAGGUCUACCCCACUCAAUGAAGGCCAGGAAAAAAAUGCGGAGUCCUCUGAUGCGCUUCCAUCUCCAGGUGUUGUUGCUAAUGCUCCGUCUGAGAAUGCUGGCGAUUCAGCAGCUCAGGACUCUCGUGAUCAACCCUUAUUGACAGAAGAGUGUAAAAGUGGCCAGAAGCAGGCACCUGCGGAGGAGCCAACCUCAGUCUCUGAGUAUUUCUUCAAUGAUAUCUUCAUUGAAGUGGAUGAAACAGAAUAAGACAUUCUUAGGUUUUUUAUCUUUUUAAUUUCUGGACUCAGUUACAUCAACAAAGCAGUAUUUAGCAAAAAAGGAAAGGAAAAAAAAAUCACUGUCUGUUUUUCUUUAGAUUGAUUUUGAAUAUUUAAGGAGCUUGAAGCUUGAUUGGAAGCUUUUGUAAUCAGUGGAAAAGAUUGCUUGAGGUUCCUUCCUUCUGAUUGAUUCAGCAUUUUGGAAGUACCAAGCAAUUAGGACCUGCUUUCUCAGACAGAAAUGCAGCUCUUGUUUACAUUCUGACUCUUCCUGUGCGGAGCACACAUGGACAUUGGGAAUGUCGUGGAUAAAUAUCUCUGUACAAAUCACAGUGCCGACGUCUUUGGAGGUUGAUUGUAUUUAACAUUUUGUGAACUUCUCUUUGGAAGGUUUUUUUUCUUUGUCUGUUUUUUGGGGUGAUGAUGAAGGCCUUUUCAGUUGCCUUUAAGUAUAGAAAAGCAAAUUGUGAAAUUCCACUUUAGUAUGCUAAGAUUAAAACUUUUCUAUUAUCAGCUGUUUGGCUGACUGAAAAAUAUGUAUUUUUCUAAUUCAUGGUGAUGUAACAUUAGUCCUAAUUGAAGAACUAGUAUUUAAAGUUAUUAUUUAUAAAAUGACACAUCAGAGAGCUUAUUUAUUUUUAAAUUUUUUAUUUAAAAUGCUAGUCAGUUUUAAUUAUUUUCAUCCCUCUGAUUGUGGGUAAGGGAGGCAUUAACAAAUUUUGUCUCCUUUUCCUCUUUAAUUUUAAAGAUAUUUAAAAUGAUACAACUAAAAUGUUUGGGUAGUGUAUAUGUGUUGAAUACUUUUUUUCAUCGUUUAUUAUCUUUGUACUGUGAAUUUUUUUGUUUUUAUUUCUUGAAUAAUCUCAGGAUUUUCAUGGGUGAGAAAAACUCGUAAGUUGAUUUAUGAAAAAAUUUCCAUACAAAACGCAAUCUCCUAUAUACACACAUACACACUCCUUUUUAAAAAAAAAAAACAAAAACCUACUUCUUGAUAGUUUUUCCACCAUUAAUUUCUGCUCAA